AAUGGAGCAAACCACCUUCCGGUCACCGCUCGAGUCCCGUGCCAUCUUGUAUUUAGCAAAGAACAAAAACGGCGUGAGAAACGAGCCCGACAUCGGGGAGGGGCGCGGGUUUUGAGUCGUAUUUUGAGUGGUUUUGUUUAAUAAGAGGUCCGGUGUUACAGGACAGUUAUGCUCGGAAUCGCGGCACCGCGGAGAAACAUCAGCCACACCCUGGAGAACAGCUAACGUUAGCUCCGGAGCUAUCGAAGCUAAGCUAGCCAAUUAGCUAAAGCUAGUACCGAACCAGCUAAACCAGCGCCUAAACCGUCGAUCAAUUUCACAAUUGGCACUUGAGCUGAAAAUGGAGCGGACGUCGUGUUGAUCAUCGGCUGACGGAGGAGACGCGGGCUAUGAGGACAGAGGCUCGGUAGCUUGGCUGCUAACCGUUUGUGUUUCGUUCCCGCAGCGGAACCACAAUAAGCCGCGGCCCUGGCCAUGCCCUCGAGUGCACGGGCGGGCAACCUAAAAGACCCCGAAGUGGCAGACCUCUUCUGCAAAGACGAUCCGGAGAAGCUGUUCGCUGACCUCCGUGAGAUCGGACAUGGCAGCUUCGGAGCCGUUUACUUUGCCCGAGAUGUUCGCAACAAUGAGGUGGUGGCCAUCAAGAAGAUGUCGUACAGCGGCAAGCAGACCAACGAGAAAUGGCAGGACAUCAUCAAAGAGGUGAAGUUCCUGCAGAAGCUGCGCCACCCGAACACCAUCGAGUACCGAGGAUGUUACCUGAAGGAGCACACGGCAUGGCUGGUGAUGGAGUACUGCCUCGGCUCGGCCUCGGACCUCCUGGAAGUUCACAAAAAGCCGCUCCAGGAAAUAGAAAUAGCUGCCAUUACCCAUGGUGCAUUGCAGGGAUUAGCCUAUCUUCACUCUCACAACAUGAUUCACAGGGACGUGAAGGCCGGGAACAUCCUGCUGACGGAGCCCGGUCAGGUCAAACUGGGAGACUUUGGUUCUGCUUCCAUCGUGGCUCCAGCCAACUCCUUCGUGGGGACUCCGUACUGGAUGGCUCCUGAGGUCAUCCUGGCCAUGGACGAGGGCCAGUACGACGGCAAGGUGGACGUCUGGUCACUGGGCAUCACCUCCAUCGAGCUGGUCGGACAGGUGUGUGUGUGUGUGUGUGUGUGUGUGUGUGUGUGUGUGUGUGUGUGUGUGUGUGUGUGUGUGUGUCAGGAGGUGGAGCAGUACCUACUGCGUACUGGGACAGUGAACAGCAUGGAGAGCUCCCAGUCUGUCCCCAGCAUGUCCAUCUCAGCCAGCUCCCACAGCAGCUCGGUCAACAGUCUGGCCGACGCGUCCGACGACAGCAGCAACGAGAUGGCCAUGAUGCAGGAGGGCGAGCACACCGUCACCUCCAACAGCUCCAUCAUCCACCGACCCACGGGUCAGGAUAACAUCUACGAUGACCCCUACCAGCCGGAGAUGGACCAACCUCAGGUUCCUUCAGCCGGACGCCGACGAGCUUAUUACCGCAACCGGGACCACUUUGCCACCAUUAGGACCGCCUCCUUGGUGACCCGUCAGAUCCAGGAGCACGAGCAAGGCUCGGCGCUGCGGGAGCAGAUGUCCGGGUACAAGCGCAUGAGGAGGCAGCACCAGAAGCAGCUGAUGGGGCUGGAGAACAAGCUGAAGGCGGAGAUGGACGAGCACCAGCUGAAGCUGGACAAGGAGCUGGAGAACCAGAGGAACAGCUUCUCCUCGGAGGCCGACAAGCUGUCCAAGAAGCACCAGGCCAUCCUGGAGAAGGAGGUGAAGGCGGCUCUGACUGAGGAGAAGAAGUUCCAGCAGCACAUCCUGGGCCAGCAGAAGAAGGAGCUCACCGGUCUGCUGGAGACCCAGAAGCGCCAGUACCGCCAGCGCAAAGACCAGCUGAAAGAGGAGCUGAGCGAGAACCAGUCCACCCCCAAGAGGGAGAAGCAGGAGUGGCUGAUCCGCCAGAAGGAGUGCCUGCAGCAGAUGCAGGCGGAGGAGGAGGCCAGCCUGCUGCGGAGGCAGCGGCAGUACUACGAGCUGCAGUGUCGCCAGUACAAGAGGAAGAUGCUGCUGGCCCGACACAACCUGGAGCAGGACCUGCUGAGGGAGGACCUCAACAAGAAGCAGACCCAGAAGGACCUGGAGUGCGCCAUGCUGCUGCGUCACCACGAGUCCACGCAGGAGCUGGAGUUCAGGCAGCUGGGCUCGGUGCAGCGGACCCGGGCCGAGUUGAUUCGGACUCAGCACCAGACGGAGCUGACCAACCAGAUGGAGUACAACAAGCGCCGCGAGCAGGAGCUGAGGCAGAAGCACACGGUGGAGGUCCGGCAGCAGCCCAAGAGCCUCAAGUCCAAAGAAAUGCAGAUCAAGCGUCAGUUCCAAGAGACCUGUAAGAUCCAGACCCGGCAGUACAAGGCUCUGAGGAACCACCUCCUAGAGAGCACUCCCAAAUCCGACCACAAGACCGUCCUCAAACGCCUCAAAGAGGAGCAGACUCGCAAGCUGGCCAUCCUGGCCGAGCAGUACGACCACUCCAUCAACGACAUGCUGUCCACACAGGCUCUCCGCCUGGACGAGACCCAGGAGGCCGAGUACCAGGUUCUGAGGAUGCAGCUGCAGCAGGAGCUGGAGCUGCUGAAUGCCUACCAGAGUAAGAUCAAGAUCCACACGGACAGCCAGCACGAGCGGGAGAUGAAGGACCUGGAGCAGAGGGUGUCCAUCCGCCGGGCACUGCUGGAGCAACGGAUCGAGGAGGAGAUGCUGUCGCUGCAGAACGAGCGCUCGGAGCGGAUCCGGACCCUCUUGGAGCGCCAGGCCCACGAGAUCGAGGCCUUCGACUCGGAGAGCAUGCGCCUGGGCUUCAGCAACAUGGCGCUGAGCGGCAUCCCUGCCGAGGCCUUCAACCAGGGCUACCCGACCCCCAGCCCCUCCUCGGGCUCCGGGGGCUGGCCCUCGAGGCCCGUCCCCCGCUCCGGGAGCCACUGGAGCCACAGCGUGCAGAACUCGGUAGCCACACCCUCCUGGCGUGGCCAGAACCACUCAGGAGGAGGGGGAGGAGGAGGAGUGGGGGCGGGCUUCAUCCGGGCCGAGUCCAUCGCCUCCUCCCACGGCCUCGGCAGGGACAGCGAGCUGCACAAGAGCAGCAGGAGCCACCCGUCCUCCUCUGCCUCCUCCCACUCCUCCUCCCAUCAUCACCAUCACCACCACCACCACCAGCACCACCAGCAGCAGCAGCAGCCCCCGCCGCAGCACUACCUCCCGCAGCACUACCAGCACCACCAGAGCACGCCACAGCUGUACCGCGAAGGCCACGACGGCCGGGAGCGCUCCAGGGAGUGGGUGGGAGGAGGAGGAGGAGCAGCAGCAGCAGGAGGAGGAGGAGGAGGAGGAGGAGGUGGUGGAGGCGGAGGCCUCUACCCCCACCACUCCCAGCUCCAUCACCAUCACCAACACCUCGCCACUCACGCCUCCUCCCAGUUCCCUGGCGCUCCUGCCUCCCCCCCCGCCGCCACCACCAAUCUCUCUCUCCUCUUCCUCCCCGCCCUCCUCCGCCUCCUCGUCCUCCUCGUCUCAGGGAGGCUACGGCGGCGGCCUGAGCAUCCGGGGCCCCGGCCUGAUGGCCCUCAGGAACAGCCCCCAGCCUCUGAGGAGGACGGCCUCCGGGGGUCCGGGGGGAGGAGGGGGGAGCGACGGUGGGCUGAGCAGGAGCACGUCAGUCACCUCCCACAUCUCCAACGGGUCUCACCUCUCCUACUCAUGAAGCUCCUCCUGAGAUCUGACUCCAGGUCUGUAGGUUAGAUCGUCGUCUUUCUUCAGCACGAAAGAUUGUUCCUGAAGCUCCAAAAAAAAAAAGAAACCUUUUUGAUUUUAUUUUGAAGUAUUAAGAAACAAAACGUAAAUAAUGUAGGUUUUGUGCCACAUUGAAUCAGCGUCCCCACGGUGCGUUCAAAGACCCCUGUAAACUAUGUAAAUAACAGACUGUAAACCCAAGUAUCUUUUGUUUUGAUCCGUAACUGUAACUGUCAUACGUUAAUUUGUUUUUUAGUGAUGGAUAACAAUCUGUUAACUGAAGAAACACUGCCACCUCGUUUGACCUCGAGUGACCCCGCCCCUUUCACGUUUUCUUAAAGGGACAGUCCGACAUUUAAAAAAAAUUCAAAAUCCUUUAAAAUUAUCAAGGCAUGUUAAAGGUAUUUAUCCAGACAACACAUUUCAGGCACAAAAAUACAUCAAAUGUAGUAAAAAAUCAAUCACAAAAGUGUUAAAAGGUGGAAUGAGCAGGUUUUGUUUUAUCUUAUUUAUUUGUGUUCGGAUAGAAACAAAAUUUAUAAGAGUUCUCGCUCUUGAAUUGAAUUUGAUCUUUAUGUUCAUAUUCUGUUAUGAAGAACCAAUUAUUCAAAUGAGAUGUUUUCUUGAAUAAUAACAGAAAUAAAAUGGGAAAUAAAAGUACCUGAAGUGGAUCAGAAAAUCCAUUAAACAGUCAAUAGAUGGUGCUCUGAUCGAUUAGUCGACUCAUUAGUUCUUAUUUCCAUGAUGGAAUGUCGGACUUCUUCUUUAAAGGGGGUGUGUGUGCGUGUGUGUGUGCAUGUGUACAGUGGUUUGUAUGAAUAACAGGAACACUAUUUAUAGACAUGUACAUAGAGCACUAACUGAGACCGUGUUAGAGAAAUAUUAAUAUGAUAAUGGGAUGAUGUCAUUAUUACCUCGACUGCAGCGGGAAUAUUUAUGUCGUAUGCCGGUUUUUAAGGUGUAGUUGCCAUGUUGACCACUAGGUGGAGGAAUACGAGCAAUGUUACUGUGAUAGACAGAGGAGGACUACAUUUCCCAGCAUUCCUCUGGAGGACACACUGUUCUUUGUGUUUUCUUGAGCCAGUAUUAUAAAGUCUACGCCGUCGAGUCAAAUAUUAAUGAUCAUAUUUUACGGAUUCUUUCUCAGUUUAGUGCGAUGUUUUUUUAUUUCUGCUUUUAUUUCUUCAACAAAAAACACACACUGAAAAAUAUGAAUCUGCAAAGUAUUCAAUAAUUUAAAUAGAAAUAUAGGUAGAAAUAGUUCUAUGGAUUUAAGUUUGGUAAGAUCUAUUUGUUAGCGCUCAAAUAUUAUGAGAUAAACGUGUUUUUAUUGAGUUAAAUAUUUUAUGGGCUCAAUAAUUGAUACUUGAACACUCUGGAUCUUUAUGGGCAAGCCAACUGAUCUGAAAUCUGCUUGUUUAUAAUAAAACAAACUAAUACUUUUCUUUGUUGCCGACAGACAACAAACCUCUCCCUCAAAACAAAGCAAAGGUUUGUGAGAUUUCAUUUUGCCAACUCUACUUUUUUACUACAUUUUUUUAUUUUGUGAAGUUUUAUUCCGUCGUUUUGCCAAUUAAAGCUGCUCCUGCUCUUCUGUGAGCAGUUCAAUGACAUCGGGAUAUCUGUGUUUUUCGCUGCCUCAACAUAUAAGAACUGUUCUGGAUAUUCUUUUGUUUGGUUCUAUGUGAACAACAAAUGUUUCUAAAAAUGUGCUCAAUAUUUUCUCAUGUUUUGUCUGAGUUGAAUUUAUGUUAAUGCACAGAAAAUAAGUCUGGAGACACUCAUCUUUUUUUUUUUUUUUUUUUUCAACAAAAUUCCCCCCCAAAAGGUUUCCAUCUUUAAUCAGAUUUUUUGGAUCUUAAACUAAUCUAUGUGAUGCGUUUGACAUUUGUAAUCUGAACCAAAUGUGAUCCAGAAAAGAAACAACAAUCAAAACAAUUAGCAAAUUUCCCAAAAUGCAUUGCUUUCACAAAGCGCUCCUGUACGCUGACGUUCGUCCUACAACACAAAGAAGCAGUGACUGCUGGUUGUUUGGCCACAAUAAACUGACGGGGAUGAAGAGGAUGAUGAAGAUGAGUAAGUGUGAUGGAUGGAUUUUUACGACUGGAGGCGGAGCUGGUUUUUGCAGAAGAGAUGAAUUGUACAGAAAUGUAACAAUAAUUUUGGAGAAAUAAAUGGAACAAAAACAGAA